AUGUUACAAGAUUGUAGAUUGGAGAUACUUGAUAAAUAUUAAAAUGGAAUAGAUUUUAUAGGAUUCAGCAGUAAGUUUAUGACAUAGAUAGAAUAAUACUCCAUUCAGAUUAGGAUUAUAAUAAAGUACUGUAUGAUGAUCCUAGACUAUAGGGAAUUUCGAAGUCAAUGAUUAUCAAUUGAGAAGUAAAAGGAGCAUAGGAAAUUUGAAUGAUAGAUGA